AUGAGUUUCGCGUUGGCCUUGAUGGAUUAUCUGGAAGCCAUAUUGAACUUUCAGGCGUUGGUUCUAACCAACGUAGAUUCCAGUCCCUCCUCAUCCGGCGCAUCUUGUAAUUGCCGACUUGCUGCGCUAAUUCAAUGCGUUCGAGACUGUGCAGCUCUCUAUGAUAUGGCGUUGAAGACGACGAUUAAGUUGCACAGUGUCAUGCCUGCACAAUCACUUGAAGGACUGCGCACGCGAUUCAGUCGUCUCUAUCUUAUGCUUGAACGCUUCUUUUUACACGCCAAUAGCUACGCCUACAUUCGUGACCUUCUCAGGAUUCCGCUAUUGCCUAAUUCUCCUCCAGAUUUUUUGGAUGCGGCAACUAAGGUUCAAAGUAUCGAGGUUGUUGAAAAAACUGACGAAGAAGGCGUUGGCCAAUUGGUGGAUUUGAGCACCCCCGAGAGCGUCACCGUUGCCAAUGAAGGCUGGAGAACAGACGAAUCUGAUGCAACCUAUGGAGGUCCCGCAAAUUCUCGUUCAUUCUCUUCGACUGCGAGUCCUCAGCACGAGCAACUGUUGGAAAUCGAGCUGCUCAAGUCGAAAAUCCAACGCAUGCAAACUGAGAAAUCGGAUGCACAAGAACACCUUUUAGAUCGGAUAAGAACGCUGGAGGAAGAAGUAAAGGCAUUGGUUCAGGUCAAAUCAAGGCAAGACGAGCAACUGACACUGUUGAUUGAUCAAGUGAAAGGCCAGACGGCUGCGGUGGCGUCUUCGGAGGAAAAAUUCAUGCGUAUUAGCGACGCUUAUGGAAAAUUGCGGGCAGAGCAUGUUCGCACCCUCGAAGAGAUGGAGGCAUCAUCUCAAAAUGGAGUCGACGCGAAGCAGCAGUUGGCGACGUUGGAGUCGGAACAGGAGGCGCGUCGCGCCUUGGAGGCCCAAUUGGCCGAAAGUCGUUUGGCCCUUCAGACAGCGGAGGAGAGGGCAUCCCACCUCAGCAGUCAGUUGGAGGACACUCGCCAGGUGGUUGAACGAGAAAUGCGUGACUUCUUGCUCAAGGCUGCGUGUUUGAAAGCUAAACAAGAUGCCAGUGCCAUUAAAUCACUGAUGGAGGACUCGGAAUUUGUUCAGUGUCGAAGCUGUGCAGAUGUUGUUAACGCCUUUGCAAAAUCAGCAACUGCUGAAGUGCUUCAAUUGAAAGGAAUAAUUUCUGAUGCAGAUGCCAAGAACGUGGCUCAUUUCUCCUCCCACCUCAGUGCCACUCUUCUUCAUGCCAAAUCCAUUGCCAAUUCUGCCGCAGACAUUGUAAGAUCCGACGCUUGCUUGAAGAUCCUCCUCUCCUUUCCAGAGUUGUCGGCCCUCUGCAAGCGUUGUCACAACGAUAGCAUUGAAAUAUACUCCCACCUCCUUUCCACUGAUUUUGAGGGAUGGCGCAAGUCAGCAGUACUGGGUCACGUGGAGAGUCUGGUGUCGGCUUUUUCACGAAUACAAGUGCUGACGGAGGAGAUGAGGCCGCGUAUCAAGGAUGUGAGCGAAGAAGAUCUGGCCUCGAUCUUGGAACAGGAGAUGCAACGCACCGCGGAGCUUAUAGCACGUGCACAGAUUAGAUUCAAGGAGCUUGUAGAACAAUCGAAGACCUCGAUGACGGGUAUUCAGCUAGAAGUGCACAGCAAGAUUCUUGAUUCCUGCACAAAGCUCAUGUCUGCGGUUUCCCUCCUCAUUGCAAAGGCGUGUGAACUACAAAAGGAGAUUGUCAACGAGGGAAGAGGAACUGCAACUGUAAAGGAAUUUUACAAGCGUCAUAAUCGGUGGACUGAAGGGCUCUUUUCGGCUGCUAAGUCUGUCGGUGCUGGAGCCAAUCUUCUGGUUGAAACUGCGGACGCCAUAGUAACGAAUGAGGGCGGCCAAUUGGAACGUUUAAUAGUUGCGGCAUUGGAGAUCUCGGGUUCUACGACUCAGCUGUUGGUAGCUAGUCGAGUGAAAGCAAGUGAGGGUUCCCAAUGCCUUAGCGGUCUCGAAUCCGCAGCAAAGGCAGUUUCCAAAGUUACCGGAGAAGUUGUUGGAAGCGUUCAAAAUGCCUCCGUCAUCAGAGAACAGACACGCAAGUCCUACGAACACAUGGAUUUUGGAAAGCUCUCCUACACACAAGCACAUAAAGCCGAGGUCGACACGCAUGUCCAUAUUCUGGAACUGGAAGCUCAACUGGCCGCCGAAAGACAACGUCUCUCAGAGAUCAGACGUUUCAAUUACUCAAAUUCAGCCGAAUUUGAGCAAAUAUAA